AUGGGGAUGCUUGCGGUAGAAGGCACCUAUUCUAAGAUGGAAGCACUACUUAACCUAAACAUUCAUCCAGUCGAUAUCCUAUUGAUGUUAGCAGCCACGGAAGGUGACAAACCUAAGAUCGAGGAGCUGCUUAGAGCUGGUGCUAGCUACUCUGUCAAGGAUGCUGAUGGAAGAAACGCUCUUGACAGAGCUAACAGUGAAGAGAUUCGUGACUUGAUCCUUGGCUACUCAGCUCAGAAGGCUUGA